AUGGGUAUUUUGGCAUGGAAUGGGUUAUGGUGCUGGAUGAGGAGGCAAGAGAGGGUGUUAGCAGAAGCUGAAGGUAGGAGUGGUGGCAUAGUUAGCUUAGGGGAGGUGGACAAGGAGCUUGAAAACCUAAACCUAGUUGGGGGAUUGGGUAGUGGGAGAGGAAACACAAAGAGGUUGAAAAAGAGAGAGAAGGAGAAGGAGGAGGAGGAGGAGGAGGAGAAAGACGAGAAGAAGAAACAUAGUAGCAUACCAACUGUGAGCAAGCACAAGGUUGAGGCCAAAGCGAAAGCGAAAACCCGUCCAUUUCUACGGACCGGCGGAGUUCCGAAAGAAGAGGUCUUUGCGCAUCCCGAGGGCAACGGAAUUAAGCUGCGGGAUAUCAAGAAGGUGUCUUCAAAUUUGAGAAAGAGAGACAUUGAUGAUGAUCUUCGAUAUCUUCAUGUUAUUCUUUAUGGGGUAAAGGUGAAGAACAAAGAUCUGAAGAGAAAUAUACUGCGAUUCUCUGGAUUUUUAUGGGGUCCUCAGGAGGAGGAAAGAAAGGAGAAGUUGCAGAGAAAAGUUGCUAAAUAUAAAAAAUAUCAGUUGUUGGAUAUUUGUAACUUGCUUGGUAUAAGAAAUGUGACAGCUGAAAACACUAAGGAAGUAACGAAUCCCAAGAGAACAGAAGCGGUUGGUCAGUCAUCAUCUGGUGAAACAUCUUCAAAAGGAGAUGAGGUUGGUGAUGAUGAUGAUGAGGUGGAGGAGGAAUAUGAUGAGGAGGAAGAGGAUGGGGACGAAAAGGAUGAUGAUGACGAUGAUGAUGAGUGGGAAGAGAAUGAGGAGGAAAAUGCUGAUGAUCAUGAUGGUGGGGAGGAGGAAAAGGAUGAUGAGGAGAAGAGUAAGUCACCGGAGUCAAAAAGUUCAUCUGAUGAUGAUUAUGAUAGUGAUGACGACAAUGAUGAGAGCGUGCCAACUGGGAUAAAAGAUGCAUAUGAUGGUGAUGAUGGUGAUGGUGAUGAGAGAGUGUCAUCUGAAACAAAAGAUUUAGGUGAAGGUGAUGAUGCUGCCGACAGUAAUGAGAGUGUACCUGCUGAACCAAAUGGUUCAUCAAAUGGUUCUAAUGCCGAUGAUAGUGGUGGCGAUGAAGUGCCUGCUGAGACAACAGAUGAUUCUGAUCAGGAGUGUUACUGA